UCCAAUUGUUCCGACGUCACAACUCACGAGACUUCUCCAACCAACUCUGAGGCCAACCCUCUCCCUUGACGCUUUCUUUUCUUCAAGCAAAAAUCCCAUUAUUGCUUCCUUUCGUCUUUUCCGUUGAAAUCAAAUCACCCUUUUGCUCCUAAAGGUACUUCAGAUUGUGGGUCUUGAUCCAAAAUUAGAUACAUUACUUGUUAUUCCAAACCCUCAUUCUUUUUUUGGGUUUGGGUUUGGGUUUGUGGGUAUCUGAUAGAUCCUCACAAGAUUUCCUUUUUUUGGGUUUUUUCUUAAUGUAUCAAUCCUAAUUUUUUAUAUAGGAAUUGUUUCUUGCUGUAUAGGUCUAUUCCUGUUAUUGAUCGUAAUAUGAAUGAACAUUUUGGAAAUUCAAGAGCAAGCUCGAGUUCUCCCUCUAGUUUGAAUAGCAGUUCACAAGGUACUGAGGAUGAUCAUGCCAUUGCGAAAAUCUUGGCAGAAGAAGAAGAAAUUGCUUCGAGGUACGGGGGCAAGCUUGCGAACAGACUCUCUCAUUUGGACUCAAUCCCGCACACUCCAAGGGUCAUUGGGCAGAUACCUAAUCCUAAUGAUGCCACACUUGACCACGAGAGGCUCUCUGGCAGGUUGGCAGCAUAUGGCCUUGCUGAGUUUCAAAUUCAAGGAGAUGGCAAUUGCCAGUUUCGAGCCCUUGCAGAUCAGUUGUAUCAUAAUCCAGAGUAUCAUAAGCAUGUGAGGAUGGAGGUUGUCAAACAGCUAAAGCAUUUCAGAAAGUUUUAUGAAAGUUAUGUUCCCAUGAAAUACAAAAGCUACCUGAAGAAGAUGAAGAGGUUGGGGGAAUGGGGAGAUCAUAUCACUCUCCAAGCAGCUGCAGAUCGAUAUGGAGUAAAAAUAUGUUUGGUCACUUCUUUUCGCGAAAAUGGCUACAUUGAGAUUCUUCCUAAGGACAUACAGCCUUCUAGAGAAUUGUGGCUGAGUUUCUGGAGUGAAGUGCACUACAAUUCUCUAUACGUAAUUGGAGAGGUGCCUGCUAGAGUGCGCAGAAAGAAGCAUUGGCUUUUCUGAGGCUUUCACCAGCUAAAGUAUUGAGAGCUACAUUUGAGUGUAAUGCCUCAAAGAAACACAUUUUACAUGGAGGAUAUCCAAGAUUCAAGUCGAUCUGCGUGGAGUACUCUACUGCACUCAUUAAUCUUUACUCUUUUGCGACGAUUACGGAGUACUUGAUAGUAGAUGCGAAUAUAUCAACAAUCUUUAUAUAUGUAUAUUUAGUAUUUACAUAAAUGUGAAACUGUAGCUGGUCUAUACCUGGAUAUCUGAAAAGGGUUACGACCAGCAUAAAAAUAGUCAAAUUAGGAAUCAUCGUAACAUAUAAUGAGCUGCAUAGUUAUAGAGAAUUCAUAUGGUCUUGUUUGAGAUUGAGGGGUAAUGAACAUAUAUAGUUUGAAUACAAAUGCAGAAGAGCUCAC